UGAAGUGUUUAUAAAUGUACUAUCAUGCACAUUCUGUGGUGCCUGCGGAGGAACAUGAAAUGUUUCUUUAAGACCACCAGUCUUCAAAGCUCCUGCAAAUCUUUCCAAGUUGGCAAUACUUUUUACUUCUGCCUGGAAAAUGCUUCUACAGUUUAGCCUCCCAACCUGCCCAUGUAGAAGAAUGAGAGGAGAGAAACUGCUACUACCCAUGAUACUAUUGUCUGCGAUGAUGAGUUUAUUACCAAUAAAGACAUCGUACGGACAACACUUGACAGAUGAGUCCUGCACCGUUCAGAUCCUUGUUCCUGGACUCAAAGGAGAACCAGGAGACAAAGGACAAAAAGGAGCACCAGGGAGACCAGGAAGAGUUGGUCCUCCAGGAGAGACUGGCUUACCUGGGAUUAAAGGACAGAAAGGCAUCAUGGGACGUUAUGGGAAAGUUGGCCCAAAUGGAAUGAAAGGGUUCAAAGGAGACGUAGGUGAGGCUGGUCCAAGGGGCCCAGACGGAGAGCCAGGUGUUCCAUGUGAGUGCACACCAAUGAGAAAGAUGAUUGGAGAAAUGGACAUUCUUGUGGCCCAGCUGUCCUCAGAAUUGAAAUUCAUCAAAAAUGCACUGCCCUCCCCUGCAGCUGUUGCUGGCAUAAAAGAGACAGACAGUAAGGUCUAUCUGUUGGUGAAGGAGGAGAAGCGCUACUCCGACGCCGAAGUCUACUGCCAGACGAGGGGAGGGCACCUGGCCAUGCCCAAGGAUGAGGGAGCCAACACAGCCAUUGCAGGGUACAUAACCGACGCAGGCCUGAGCAGAGUCUACAUCGGCAUCCAUGACCUCGACCAUGAGGGCAUUUUCACCUACGUGGAUCACUCACCUAUGACCACCUUCAGCAAGUGGAGAAAAGGGGAGCCCAACAACGCCUAUGAUGACGAGGACUGUGUUGAGAUGGUGGCCUCUGGGGAGUGGAUUGAUGUCGCCUGCAACCCCACCAUGUAUUUUGUGUGUGAAUUUGACAAAGACAGUGUCUGAGUUUAGUCUGUGUUACCCAGACUACUAAAAGAAUGUACGAAUACAAUGGAGCAAAAGCUAAUGUAUUCAUAUUGUCUGAGCUGCAACUUCCAUCUGUAAAUACAAUGACAAAAUGACAUGCAAGUUGUGCAAACUAGUAUAUUUUCUACUACUUUCUUUCCCCUUCUGAGCUUAUAAGCUAUUUAUUUUCUCAACUCACAAAACAGUCUGACUCUUGUUAGAACUUUACUUAUUUUAAGUACAUACUUAAUCUCAUAUUCUGUGACUCAUUAGUGUUUCCAACAGCAUGCUCAGCAAGUGUAUUGAGUUUUUAUGUUAUGCAAACUAUCCACUGAGCAAGAUUUGUAACAGUGCUCUGACAAACAAGGCAAAUAAGCAAAUACAGAGGGCUGUAGAUUAUACAGAAAAAUAUACAAUUAAAAGACAGAUUUUGGUUCCAGUUGGGUGCUUUUAAUCAGAGAAAUUGAAUACAGCAUGCAUUCUACAUUCAUAUUCAUAUAAUAAGUUAUGUGGCGGUUGUUGCACAAUAAACAUUCUCAUAUAAUUUUAAAAACAGAGACAAUGUCUGUACAUUAUUUUCUGGCCCUGAGCUGGUUGCACUUAUUUACGGCAGCAGUUGAACCAAAUCCAGCAGACAGCCAGAGGAUGAAAAUGCUACUGCACUGUAACCAUAUCUUAGACUGGGACAAAAGGAUAGUGGCUGCCCCUGAGGCAUUUUCAAAGGUGACAUUUUGACUUGUCAUAUUAGGGAAAUUAAAGGUGUCAGUAAUAAUAUCAACAGCUCUGCAGCAGUUAAAACUAGCAGCUUUUGAAGCUGCUAUGGAGUACUGGAUAUAUUCUAUGGAUGUAAAGGAGUAUCUGUUUAAGAAUGUCAGACAUGUAAUGUAUGAAAACAUGGCUGCAUUCAAAAUACACCACUAGCAAAAAAAAAAAAAAAAAAAAAAAAAGAGAUCCGUCUGAGGUCCUUUGGGACCAAUAACUAAAAAAAAAUCUUAUGGGUGAAGAAAGUAUGUGUGUUGUGAAUUAUCUGGGGAGUACUGCAAGUACAUCUGCGUCACCUUAUAUGUUUGCAACAUACACUCUCUAGUAAAGUCUAGCUUUAGACACUGUGGGCUCACAAGUAUUGUCUAAACAACUACAGGAGAGUGAAUGCAGACUGUAAUAAUAGUGAGUUGGUGGGGGAGGGGGAUAAAUCUUUAAGGGCGUCAAAGGAAACUCACUCACUACUUCUCCCAGAUUCUCCACUUGACAAUAGUAGUUACACUGGAGGAACACCACUAUAUUUUAAAGUUGCAUGGUACAACUAGGAUGUAUUUUAAGGGUUGCUUACUUGGACUAUAUUUGGAGAUUCUUCCAUAUUCAAAUUGCUUUGAGUAAAAUGUUGAAAUUCCUAUUUUUUCUUUGCAGUGAAUAAAAUCUGUUGCUAUAGACUAUA